UUCAGUUUUGUGCUGGGUGGUGGAAGGCAGGGAACCCCAAGGCUGGGGUCUAAGCUCCCUGCCCCCCAGAAGGACUCGACUGAGGGGUCCUAGCUGUACCUACAAGCUCUGUUUUAGACUGCGUUCCUAUUGUCCAAUAAACCUUCCAUUUUACUGGCUGGCUGAGAGUCACGGUGAAUCCCAGGAAGAGGGGUGCAGGGCCCUGACUCCCCCACACUCCGUGACAGGUUGACAAACAGGUUUUCUGUCAGAUAGGAGAAGUGUAGUCACCUCUCUCUGCUGAGAUGUAAAUUAAGUACUGGAAUCCAGUGGCAUGGAUACACAUUUACAUACAAAGUCAAUGGAGAAAUGUGAAAACAGGGAAGCAGCACUCAGGAAAACAAACCGCAGGGCACAAAGAAUGAAUUUUGGGUAUAUAAAUGGAAAGCAAAGAAGACACCCUUUUAUCCUGCACCUACAGGUGAGAGGAUGGUGAGUGAGAACAAGGAGGGGAAUCCUCAACAGGAAGGUCCUGAGCAUGUGGAUCCAGGUGAGAUGAUAUCAGGAAGAUCUAAAGGGGAUGUUUCUCAGUGUGCUGAGCAGGGAGAAGCCCAUGAAAGUCAGUGCAAUCCAGAGAGGCAGCAGAGAAACCAUGCAAGGGAGAACCAGUGUAAAUCUACUCACAGGAGUCAAGUGGUCAAGAAAAUCAAAGAAACUGUUCAAAAGAGAAUCCCCAGUGGAGACAGACCCCAUACAUGCAGUUUCUGUGGGAAAAGCUUCUGCUGGAGAUCAGCCUUCAUUAGUCACCAGAGAACCCACACAGGAAACAGACCCUACAAGUGCAAUGAGUGUGGGAGAAGCUUUAGUCAGAGCUCAACUCUCACUAUUCACCAGAGAAUCCACACUGGGGAGAGACCCUACAGAUGCAAUGAGUGUGGGAAAAGCUUUAGUCGGCGUGGAAACCUUCUAGCACAUCAGAGAAUCCACACAGGGGAGAGACCCUACAGAUGCAAUGAGUGUGGGAAAAGCUUUAGUCAGAAUGCAUAUCUUCUAUCACAUCAGAGAACCCACAUGAAGGAGAAACCCUAUGUAUGCAAUGAAUGUGGGAAAAGCUUUAGUCAUAGCUCACAACUUCUAUUGCACCAGAGAAUCCACACGGGGGAGAGACCCUACAUAUGCAAUGAAUGUGGGAAAAGCUUUAGUCUGAGCUCACACCUUCUAUUGCACAAGAGAAUCCACACGGGGGAGAGACCCUACAGAUGCAACGAGUGUGGGAAAAGCUUUAGUCGGCGUGGAAACCUUCUCUUACAUCAGAGAAUCCACACAGGGGAGAGACCUUUCAAAUGCCCGACGUGUGGGGAAAGCUUUGUUCAGCUUUUGAAACUCGUUAGACACCAGAGAAUCCACACUGGAGAGAAACCGUAUAAGUGUAAUGAGUGUGGGAAAAACUUUGAUGACAAAUCACACUUUAAUAAACAUCAGAGAGUCCACACAGGAGAAAAGCCCUUUAAGUGCCCUGAGUGCGGGAAAAGCUUUGGUUCAAGCUCAGAUCUUAUUAUACACCAGAGAAUUCACACAGGGGAGAAACCCUAUAAAUGCAUUGAGUGUGGGAGAAGCUUUGGUCGAAGCUCAGACCUCAGUAGACAUCAGAGAAAACACACAGGAGAGAAGCCCUACAAAUGCCCCAACUGUGGGAAAAGCUUCAGUGACAGUUCUGCCCUCACUAAACACCGGAGAAUCCACAGAGGGGAGAGACCCUACAAAUGCAAGGAGUGUGGGGAAAGCUUUCGUCACAUCUCAAACCUUCUAUUACAUCACAGAACCCACACAGGAGAGAGACCCUAUAAUUGUCCUGACUGUGGGAAAAGCUUCAGUCGAAGCUCAAAUGUUAUUACUCACCAGAGAAUACAUACAGGGGAGAAACCCUUUAAAUGCCCUGAAUGUGGGAAAAACUUCAGUACACGUUCAGCCCUUACUGCACAUCAGAGAAUCCAUAGCAGAAUGAGGCCCUUAUCAAUGUCUUGACUGUGGGAAAAGUUUCUGUAACAGCUUAGCUUCUAUAAUCUCCAGGGAACCUACACAGGGAGAAACACUACAAAUACAUAAGUACAGGGAAAGUUUUAGUUGAACCUCACACAUUCUAUUACAUCAGAGAACCCACAUUGGGGGGGAAAAAACCUAUAACUGUCCUGACUGUGGGCUAAGCUUCAAUGGGAGAUAAACUGGUAUUAAGCAUCACAGAAUCCACACUGGAGACAGCCUGUUAAUGCUUUGAAUAUCAGGAUCAGGCCAGGCUGGAGUGGCCAUGCAAUAAGGAUGCACAAUAUUUGUUAAAACAGAGACUGAAAUCACUGUUCCAGAACAGAGCCCUGUAGGACAAGAAGCUGAGAUAAGAUUCCGAUAAUGAUCAGAUCCCAUCACAGCACUUCUCAAGAAGCUCUGAACAUCUUCUGUUCAGCUCCCAAAUUUGUUUGGUGCUAGAAAGCUCUCUUAUAUUCUGUGACUUCUCAUUUAUUCUUCAUAGUUUUUUAGACCUAGAUCCACCAAGGGACUUGAGCGUUAUGAUGCUGAGUAUUGUGAUACCACGCUUCUAGACAAUCACAGAAACAACACUGGGAUCCAAAAGCCUGAGUUAGGCACCCGGGCAGUCUAUAAAAUGAAUGGGGAGAGAGAGACAUCUCAGAAUGUGACUCACAAAACCAAGCAUGCUAGGUGGGGAGCCACCUAACCUAGCCAAGGGGAGAUGCUAAGGAGAUAGGGGUGUCCUGAGUCCUGCCCUUUUCAUUUACAUAGGUACCUAAGUCCAGGCUCCAGGGAAGCACCUGUCUCUGCUUGUGAUUCAUAAACUAGGGAUGAUAAGUGCUCCUUUGCCGAUGGGGCCCCAUCCAGUUGGAGUGUUCCAAAGUCACCUAACACUACACAAAAUACCUGGGGCAGGGGAAAAGAGGACAAAGAUCUCUCUUAUACCCUUUAGCCCAGUGGUUGAGGUACUCACCCAGGAGUUUCAAGUCUCUAUGCUGUUCAGAUCCCUUCACUUCACCAGGCAAUCUGCCACCUCCCAAGUGAGUGCCCUAGCCACAGGAUAUUCAGAGGUGGAAGUAUUCCUCAAUCUCCUUUGUUGAACCUGGUCCACUGUAUGAAAGUAUUCAGCUAAGAGAUGGCAGGUCUAAUGCUAAGGAAGGAUUUCAAGAAAAGGAUGGAAAGGAAUUUCUUGUGAUGCCUGAAUGCCACCUCCUGGAUGGACAGGAAACUUGCUAUGACAGUUUUACCUGUCCAGUUAAUGAAUUACCACCUGCAAUAAAAGGAAAUGCUUCUCCAAAAGAAAAAGGACAAUGGAAACUUGCCUAAUAUGUCCUUUGGGGUAGAUUGAAACCUCCAUUACAACCACAUGGAGUGAUAAUGCAUAAAAAGGGUUUUGAGCUAGACAAUCCUAAAUUCCCUCUAAGCUGCUCGGCAGCAUGGCCGUUUAGCAGCCUAUUUAGCACUGUGCAAGUGCUUAGGGAACCUGCCUGGGGACCUGCCGCAGCUGGAGGAGUGGUGCCUCUCCCCCGGUCCCAACUCACCCUGCAGCCUAGACUUGCCACAACCUGGACCCAGGCAUGGCCAGAUCAGGCCAUGGCGCAGCCAGAGCGGCCUGGACCUGGCCAGGGUGGUACGGAGCAGCCCAGACCCUGGCGCAGUCUGGGUGGCCCUCUCUGACUUGGACUUGCUGGGGCCGAGUGAGGAGCAGCUGUCCUGCAGCUCCAGCCCCAGAGCUCCUGCAGCAGGGACAGGUACCUCUUUCCUCUUUCCCCCCAGUCCAGGUGCUGCUUUGGAGAGAGAGCACUGGGGGGAGUCCUCUUUCCCCGCUGUAGCCCUGGAGCACCCUCUUACACCCCAAACGCCUCAUCCCAGGCCUCACCCCAGAGCCCACACCCCCAGCUGGAGCCCUCACAGCCCUGCAUCUCAACCCUGAGACCCCUCCCACAAGAAUUCUUUGGCCCCACCGCAUCCCAUGAAUUUUGUUAUGUGCACCAUUAUCAUAGAAUCAUAGAUUAGGGUUGGAAGGGACCUCAGAAGAUCAUCUAUUAUUAUGAAGGUGACAUGUCACACAUCACUUUCAUAUUGGUGCACAUAACAAAAUUCAUUCUACGCAUGGGUGGAAAAAUUAGAGAGAACACUGCAAAAACCUCUGUCCAGCAAAACCUACCUCCAGCUGAUUGUGAUCAGCAUAUCAAACCCUGAUUCAGAGAAAGCUCGGUCAUUCCACAUGAGAAGUGUUCAUUUAACUCUCCCUAGAAGAGCAAUUUUUUUUGACUGAGAGUCCUUGGGAUGCUAAACUCCAGAAUCCCAAUAAAAAGCAGCUUGGGAGAAAGGAUGUUUCCCAGAAGACAGAAUCCUAAACCAAGCUACAAAGAAGACUUCACCCACAAAAAUAGAAGGGACUGGGAAGGUGAGCAGAGCCACUUCUUUAAAGUUCAGAAAAAAUUAGGAAAUCGGUUCUCAUUGCUAAAAUUCAACAGGUACUUUCUGUGCUUGGAAGGAAGAUAGACAUUAGUCUUCGAGCGUGUUUUCCUAGAAUACCUGAUCCACUGGAGUUCAGAUCUAUUUCAUAAAACCAGACUUUUGGACUGGUAGAAACUUUUCAUUGGAAAAUACCAAAGUCGUAUAAACCUAUCAAUUUCCAUCCAACUAUGAAAAAUAUCAUAAUUAAAAAUAGUAAAAAGGAAAUGAAUUAACUAGAAAUUGGAAAAAGAUAUAGACUCUUAGGGCAUGGCUACAGUGGAAACUUCAACGCGCCGCUGCGGGAACACUCCUGUGGCAGCGCUUUGAAGUGCGAGUGUGGUCGCGCGUGAGUGCUGGGAGAGAGCUCUCCUGGUAAUCCACCUCCACAUGGGGAAUAGCUCCAAGCUCGGAGCGCUCAGAGGGGAAGUUAGAGUGCUAUAAAAUGUAAGCGUAGAUAAACCCUUAAAGUAGACUAAGGCUGUGUCUAUGCUGCACAGCUUACAGUGGCACAGCUGUGCUGCUAACGCCUUGCCACUGAAAGGAACCCAGUGUAGCUGCUGUUUGUUGGCAGGAGAGAGCUAAGAACACUCCCUCAACCUUCUUGAUUAACUUUAAUUUGAAUAUGUAGCAUUGUCAUAGCCAUGUGGGUCCCUGGGUCUUAGAGAGACAAGGUGGAUGAGAUAAUAGCUUUUAUUGGACCGACUUCUGUUGGUGAGAGAGACAAGCUUGAAAGCGUUCUCA